CCGGAUGGGUUUCAGGAAGCAGGUCAUGCUAGCUUUGAUUCUGCUGAGUCUUUGCGUGGCUACGACCGUACGAGCCGGCUACCCCGUGCACUCGGGCUUCGUCCUUCCCCGGAUACAUGGAACCAUCGGACCACGAAUACUUCCAGUGACGCCACUAGGCCUUUCAGCAGCCACGACAAGUACGGACACAUUACCGCCACCGAAUUUGGCCGCUGGAACAUUCCACGGAGUCCCACCGGUGCUCGAGAAGUACCCGCUCCCAUCCUACCCGCUGGCUCCCCCUUCCGCGGAAACACACGCCGGUGGAAUAUCCCCUGUCGUUUUCCCACGUCCACCCAUCGGGCCGGUAUCGCACUAUCCGGUGCGCGCAGUACACAGCGCCUUUGGCCCGCUUCCGUCUUUCCCCGUUAAGUCGGGUCCUCCGGCCCCUACCGUUGGUGGUGCCAUAGUGGGAGGUAGACCAGCAGUGCGCGCUUUCGUGCCACAGAUUCCUGUCAUCACCAAGGUGGCUACACCAGUCUUGGUGCCCGGUUCAAACUCGGAGCCUGUCUACCCCCCGCACCCGUACGAGUUCGGCUAUGAUAUUGUGGACGAGUUUGGCAACACCCAGUACCGGCACGAGACCAGCGACGCGCACAACAACAAGCGUGGUUCUUACGGCUACACUGACGCCAACGGCAUCUCCCGCCGGGUGGACUAUGUGGCGGAUGCCAAUGGCUUCCGUGCUCACAUUCGCACCAACGAACCCGGCACGGCCUCCUCGGCACCGGCUGGUGCAGUCUACGACUCCAAGCCUGUGGCAGUCAGCACAGGCAUCAUCAAAUCUCAGCGUGGAGACUUGCUCCUCAAGGCGGGCGGCCAUGACGGGAAGUCAAAUGCAGGAAGGGUGCUGUUUGUAAGCCCGGUGAAGCCCCAUCCAGCCAUCGUUUCUCCAACCGUGCCCUACUUAGGAGGAGCAAGUGGUGGGCAUCGGACGGUUAUUGCACCGGCUCGCGUCGUCCUCGGAGGAAGGUUCACUCGUCUUCACGGGCCACCGACGACAGUGGUUAACAGUGCGAGCCCCGUCGUUGUGGGUGGUCGCACUACCCUUGUCGGCGCGGACGUUAGCGGCGGCCCUCAAGAUGCCGCGGGUGUCGUGGCCACCAAGGUUCUGACAGCUCCCGCAGCCACUGAUGAAAACGGUGCCCAUGCGACGCUCGGAGUAGUCGCGCUACAGGGCAAUUAUCACCACCUAGUAGCUGGUCAUGACUACAAAGCUAAAAGUCGCUAA